UGGGAGUUCGCGGACGGUUCAGCAAUCAACGACACGACAGCACAAUCCUCUCAAAAUGGGGCGUCUCAACGAAUACCAGGUCAUCGCGCGCCACCUGCCCACCGAGGCAAACCCAACCCCCAAGCUGUUUCGCAUGAGGAUUUUCGCGCCCAACACCGUCGUCGCUAAGUCCAGGUUCUGGUACUUCUUGAUGAAGCUCCGAAAGGUGAAGAAGGCCAAUGGCGAGAUUGUCAGCAUCAACCAGAUCCACGAGAAGCGCCCGAUGAAGGUCAAGAACUUCGGUAUCUGGAUCAGAUACGACUCCCGCUCCGGAACACACAACAUGUACAAAGAAUUCCGCGAGAUGUCCCGAACCGACGCCGUUGAAUCUUUAUACCAGGACAUGGCUGCCCGUCACCGUGCCCGAUUCAGCUCUAUUCAUAUCAUCAAAGUUGUUGAAAUCGACAACAAAGAGCUUGUUCGCCGCCCUUACAUCAAACAGCUUCUCACCAAGGACCUCAAAUUCCCUCUUCCUCACCGUGUCUCCAAGCCACAAGGCAAGAGAGUCUUCGCUGCCUCCAGACCAUCCACAUUCGCAUAAAGAGGAUAUCGGGGGGUUUUUCCUUUUCAGCGGUGGAAGGUUCAAAAGUGAAGAUGGAGUCUGAGUUUCACUGCAUUUAUGUGACUGCAGGUUAUAGCUAGGACCAUGCAUAAUGAGUCUUUAAUGCAGCUUCUGCCAGCAAUUGUAACCAAUAGGGGUUAGAUGGCUACGAUAUUCAUUCUCCAGCUUAUGAACGCAAUUUUUUCCAAUUUAUUAUGUUCGGAAAGCUGCACAUUGCUUGGGAUUCUUGUGUUGUGUUCACUGUGUAGGUUCUGUCUCCUGCCAGGUAAAUCCGAGGCCUUCUGGUGUCGGGUUUAUCGCAAAUGCAGCCAGGAGUAU